AUGUCCGCAUCAGCGCGCGCCGCAUCACUCACUUGCAUUCCGCUUCUCCGCUCCCGCGCGCUCCCCGCCCUUCCGCUAUCCGCCAACGUCGCUUUCUCCCCAGCCCGCAUUUUGAGCGCGCCCAUCCUUCCGCCGUCUGGUUCCGCCUUCCGCGCGCUUUUUCACUCCGCGGAAGUUCCGCCUUUGCGGAGUCAGUAUCUGCUCGGCGCUCGAACCGACCUCGUAAGCGCUUUCACUCCCCGCUUUGCGCCAGCGGCGCAAGGCUCGCACGCGAUCAGCGGAGAUUCACCACGCCUAUCCCGCCCCGCAGCUGCUGAUUCCGCCAGCCGACGAGGGAGCGAUCCGCGGAAGCCAGCGAUGGCGCACGCGGUGACUGGCGGAAGCGGCGGCGAGGAAGGGGUGGUUUCGGCGGAGCGGGCGGAGCGGAAAGUAGCGCCGUUCGGGGCAUGGGAGUCCCCCAUCGGCGCGGACAUGGCGAGCGGCGCAAGCCUGCGCUUCGGGGGAGCGGCGGUGGAUAGCGCGGGGCGCCUGGUGUGGGCGGAGGGCAGACCCACGGAGAAGGGUCGGGUGGUGGUGGUGAGGGAGGGGACACGUGGCGCAACCCCAUUGGACGUCUCACCUCCCUCCAUGAGCGUGCGAUCCCGCGUGCACGAGUACGGGGGAGGGGCCUUUCUGGUCGCCCCUUUCCCUCCUCCUGCCACGUCAGCUGCCACAUCGGAAGCCACGUCAGCAGCUGGAAGUGUGCCGGGCGAUUUGCUGAUAUUCUCCAAUGGAGCCGAUCAACGGCUGUAUGUGCUCGAGAUGCCAUCCGACGGCUCAGAUUCUGCCGAAGGUGUGUCCACCAAUCUGGCAUGUAUGUGCUAG